AUGUCGGAGAACGAGAUCAGCGGGUCAUCUCCGGAGCCUGAGGAUAUUGAAAAGGAGACCGUAAGUUGAUUUAAUGGAUUAUUAAUUUAUUUUUAGUACGUAAACUUUUCCGUGGACGCCCUUCGGCAUGUUUCGAGGGAAGCUGAUGAAAGCAGAAAGUUUGCCGAAGUUGGAGCUCAAUACAAUAUGUGUUUCAAGAUGUUAAAAAGUGAUUCCCGGCUUGUGAAAUCGGUGUUGUUUAGUUAUGGAUUUAUUCAGGUGAUUUUUCUGAUUUAUUAUAACACUCUUUAUUUAGUGCUCUGCAAAGAAUCAAAAUUUCAACGUUUUCUGGACCAACACACAUCUGAAUUCUAACUCGUUGAGACAAUUGAAGUCGUGGUACGUUUUUACGCCGUAUUUUAUAGGCACGCCGACAUUCCAGGUUGAGGACAUUCCGGGCUUGGGACAUUCCAAGGUGUGAAUAAUUCUUGAAACUUUACCGUUCAGAUUUAUCCUGUCUUGGGCUCUGCACAUUGCAGAACAAAAAAAUUGAUGUGAGCGAAACUCGUGGUUGAGCAUCAUGGGCGAAAAAAUUAUAUUCUUUUUCGUAAAAAAAUAUACCCGGAAUCAUGGUGUUUUGACUGUACCAAGUCGAAGAAAACAGCGGGAAUAAAAACUUUGUAUCAGAAAAAUCUUUAAACUCUUCAAGUAUCUACACCAGUCUCGUCCUGAGUACCCACAAAAAAUUUAGUUCAAAAAUUGCUGUUAUAUGUUAUUUGGAUAACGGAUUUUCUGAAUCGCUUUUUCGCGGCAAGAACCUUUGUAACGCCCGCAAUUUCUUGACGUGCCCCGCAGGUCCUUGUACCCACAAGUCUUUAAAAAGUCUCGUAAAGUGCGAGUGUAUAAUAGUCAUACAAUACACGAUUAUGGUUACCUCAUAGUACAAACACUAUAGGUCGGUUAGUCAAGCCCGGAAUGUCAUCGUGCGGUUUUAUGUGUAAUUGUAAUUUAGGCAACGAGUAAACCACUUUCCACGUAGCUUUCUGAUCACCAAAAAAGACGAUCUCUAUACCAAUAUUCGCGCAGCCCAAGCCCAGUAUGGCGAGAAUAUCUUUGACUUUGUAGGUUAAGCCUUUGUCAUCGUAGAUAAAUUAUUUAGAUGCCAGAAUCAUAUAACACACCACUGAGUGAGGAGAAGCGAGAAAGGAUAAAGAAUGACCUAUCAGCGGCCAAGGAAACUGGAUGUUCUUUUAUUUUAAAGCCGUCUAAUUCAUCUCGGGGACGGGGAAUCAUGUUUGUGUCGAAACCAGAACAGGUAAUUUACUGUAAUAUAUUUCGGAAUUUGUGUUUAGGUGGAUGAGAUCAAGGAUAACGACAAAGUUAUUGUCUCGCGAUACAUUUCCAACCCAUACUUGGUGGAGAAAAAGAAAUCUGACCUCAGGGUUUACGUCGCCGUAACUUCAUUUUAUCCUUUGAUGGCCUAUAUGUAUACAGACGGAUUAACUCGGUUUGCUGUUGAAGAAUACGAUAAUGAUGAGAAUGGAUUAUCACAAGAAGCCCAAUUAACUAAUUACUCUUUACAUAAAACGAACGAGAAAUUCAUAAAGUAAGUCAAUAUACUUUAGAAUGGAUAGUGCACGUCAAUCCAGCGUAGUUGAAGCUAUUUCGCGACCAAGAUUUAUUCAAUGCGGCGUUUGGUCACAAAUAGAUAUUUUUGAGAAAAUCUUUGGUUGUUUUUUCUUGGCUAACCGGGACAAAACCUUACUUUCUGGUCAGAAAAUAGCGCUCAAAAUUUUUCAAGACUAAUUUUGUCCUCCAAAAUUUGUUCCGAAGGAAUUUUGAUAUCUAAAGUGUUUUGGUAUUUCGCUCGUGUGUGGAUAAAACGUCCAAACGGUUCAGAAAAUGCGAUGGAUUGACGUGUACUGGUACGUUUCAGAAAUACAAGUACAGCGUCCGAAAGUCAUGGCCAUAAGUGGACACUAGGCGCGAUGUUCCGACAUAUGAAAAAAGAUGGGAAAGAUACUGACUGUAAGAGUGGUGAACCACAUGGUGGUUCACCCGGAGCUUCCAACCUUGUUUCAGGUAUUUCUCCGCCAAACAAUUUAUAUAACAAGGAAAGUACUUUUAUGGGGGCUCCUACUUUUUGACGGGCAUAUCUCAAAAAAUCAGAAAAAAUGUGCUGAUCAAGGAUAUAUAAAUCCUAGCUUCCCAUUUUAGGUUUCUAGGGGUGAAAACUCAAUCGGAAGAUGACUUAAAGUCCUAUAUGAACCCCUUUUCGCUUAAUUUUUCACAGGGUUACAAUUUUUAUUUUGGCUUAAAAUGAUGUUUAUUGAGUUUCUAAGACUUAAUAAAUCAUUCUUGGCACAAAAAUUUAUUUUCCGACCUUCAUCUUCAAAAAGUAAAGUUGAUUCAGCCCAAAAGGAAAAUCGAACCCGUGCGGCGCACGUCAAGAAAAAAUAAAAGAAAAACGGGCGCCCAAUGAAAAAGCCUAGAAUUUUUUUGGCAUUCUGCCCGGUGCAAAUCCGUUUUUGUCCAAAUGGUUUGCAAUAUUUUGACAUAAAGAUUAUUAGUAAAUCACAAGAUAUUGAUACCAAUAGAAAGCUCGAGAGUUGCUUAAGCUAAUAGAACCAAAAUAUACCCAUAAUCAUAGUAUUUUGACAGUCUUCCAAGGCGAAGAAAACAACGUCUAAAUAAAAUUUUGUAUCGACGAUACCGAGUCAGAGAGAACUGGAAGGGGUAUAGGCUCCACGUCAAAAAAAUCCUUAAACUAUUCUUCAAGUAUCUACAUCGGUCUCGUCCCGCUUGAUGGGACAGUUUUUUUGAUAUUCGGCCUUGAAAUUUGCACUAUUUUUAGCCUAGCUCGAACCGUGUUCAAAAAAUGCGUCACGAUGACACCCAUUCAGAAUGUGCCAGUGGUAUAAAAAACAGUUGUAUACGACUAGUAGUACUCCCUAGAGCUCCCAUAAAAAAAAUUAGGUUAAACAUUGUUGUUAUGUGCAAUUUGGAUGACAGAUUUUAUGAAUUUUUUUCGCUGUGAGAACCUUUGCAAUGCCCGAAGAAUGCGGCGCACGUCAAGAAAUCUCGGGCAUUGCAAAGGUUCUCACAGCGAAAAAAAAUUCAUAAAAUCUGUCAUCCAAAUCGCACAUAACAACAAUGUUUAACCUAAUUUUUUUAUGGGAACUCUAGAGAGUACUGGUAGUCGUAUACAACUGUUUUUUAUACCGCUGGCACAUUCUAAAUGGGUGUCAUCGUGACGCAUUUUCUGAACACGGUUCAAGCUAGGCUAAAAAUAGUGCAAAUUUCAUGGCCGAAUAUCAAAAAACUGUCCCAUCAACCGGGACGAGACCGGUGUAGAUACUCGAAGAACAGUUUAAGGAUUUUUUUGACGUAGAGCCUAUACCCCCAUCCAGUGCUCUCUGACUCGGUAUCGUCGAUACAAACUUUUAUUUAGACGCUGUAUUCUUCGCCUUGGAAGACUAUCAAAACACUAUGAUUAUGGGUAUAUUUUGGUUCUAUUAGCUUAAGCAGCUCUCGAGCUUUCUAUUGGUAUCAAUAUCUUGUGAUUUACUAUUAAUCUUUAUGUCAAAAUAUUGCAAACCAUUUGGACAAAAACGGAUUUGCACCGGGCAGAAUGCCAAAAAAAAUUCUAGGCUUUUUCAUUGGGCGCCCGUUUUUCUUUUAUUUUUUCUUGACGUGCGGCGUUUCCUCUCUUGAUUCCCAGACUACGGCACUAACCACUCGGCCACACCGCUCUCUUCCGAAGGAAGAGACCGACUGCGCUUUUUAUCGUUUCGAAUGCCUGCGCCUUUUGUAGGGAAAUUAAGCCAGUUUUUGGGCAUUUUCACAACCUAGAAACCUAAAAUGGGAAACUAAGAUUUAUAUAUCCUUGAUCAGCACCUUUUUUCUGAUUUUUUGAGAUAUGUCCUGUCAAAAAGUAGGAGCCCCCAUAAAAGUAAUACUUUCCUUGUAAAAAUGAAGCUGAGACACGUAAUUUUUUGUCCACCGAAAAUGGCGGGCUGGAAAUUUGUAACACAUCUCGUGGUGGAUGUCGUGAUGCAUGCAGACAGUCUCGCCUAUUUGUUCACAUUGUUUAAGAUUGCGAUGAAUUAAGCCUGUUACCCCCGAAAAAAUUAAUACGUUGAAGGAAUAAUUACGACUAUUUCGUUGGCUGCCGUAAUUUCAUAUAGCCAAAGACUCGUAUAUUUUCCAUGUCCGAAAAACUCAAUUGAAAAUCAUUGCAAAAAUUUUCUGUUUUACCGAUUUCGGGCUUCAAAAUUUGAAAUGAAAAUGUCAAAGGCCAGUGAACGUGCCGUGCCGGUCAUAGUUGGUGGACGAGAAAUAAAUUGGCGGAGAAAUACUGAAACAAGGUUGGAAGCUCCGGGUGACCCACCUUGUAUAUACUAGUCGCGACAUAAAGUCCUGACACAUUUUGUCGCGGGUGUCGCGCGAGAAAAAUUGCCGCGACGGGUCCGAAAGAAAAACAAAAUGCACUGUGCAAAUGUGUCAGGACUUUAUGUCGCGACUAGUAAGAGUGAAGAAGUACUAAGUCGCUUGGAAAGCAACCUCUAAAAACACUUUCAUCAUUUUUUUAAGUAAAUAGAAUGGAAAGAUUGAGACCGACAUGAACAAAAAAUCACGAAAAAUUUAAUCUUGCGGUUCCUAGCGAUUGGUGUGGACUUAUUUCUUCACUUUUAUACACAUUUUUUCAUAUUUUUAGUGUUGAUUGCACGAAUAGAAGAUCUUGUGGUAAAAACUUUACUUUCGAUUCAACGAGUCGUUGCCAGCACUUGUAAGAAGUUGAGCAUCAAUCCCCGAUCUUGUUUUGAACUCUUUGGAUUUGAUAUUUUGGUGGAUGAUGAUAUGAAACCCUGGCUUUUGGAAGUUAAUCUGUCGCCUAGUCUUGCGUGGUAAGUUCUGCACUGUAUAUUUUGAAUUCUUCAGUGAUGCCCCUCUGGACUCUAUAAUCAAGACACAUCUUAUUUGUGAUACUCUUAAUUUGUGUUGUGUCCCCUUGGUCCUCAAGAAGAAUACGGCGGUCACUGCACUAAUGGGCACCGUGCACAACCCAAUAGUUGACGAAUUGGCUGAAUUGGCAUCGAAUGCUUCAAUUGGAAGUGAUUCUGCUGCUGCCAGCCCUGCCACCGCUGAUUCUGGGUAUGAUACCCAUUCCGCGGCCAGUGACAAUAAUCAAGACAAUAGCCAAUCAACUGAGGAGAAACCGGGCAGAGUAAACUCGCUUAAGAGGAAACCCCUCAGGAAAAAUAAUCUCCGAUCCUUGAAGUUGAAGAAGGCCCAGCAGUUCGUAAAGGUCGGUUGUAAUAUUAGUUCCGACCGGACAUUGUUUAGCCAGUUUAUGACAGCGGGGAUCUAAACACGGCCUAUAACUCGCGAUUGGAUUUGUUUGAGAGGAAGAUCAGAGCUGAGGAAAAGAGAACUGGGGACUUUAUUAGAAUAUUCCCAAGGCCAGAGUCAUUACUUCUUUAUGGCCGAAUUGUGGAGGAUACGGGAGCUGAGAAUUGGGAUAAACUGUUGCAUCAAAGAUUGUAUGGAGAAGAACCGGAAUACAGUCACAAAGAUUACUUGAAAGCUCACGAAGAACUUUUGAAUGCGAAGGAUGUAAGUGUAUGUUUUGAAUUGUCUUAUGCUGUGUUACAGUAUCCAACAAAGGCAUCCCUUAGCACGACCACGAGAAAUAUGUUCCUCAAGUCAUCGUUGGCGACGGCGAAAAAGUAUUUGGCCCCAUUUUACGAAAACGAAACGGAUCCCUAUCCAGGUAGAUAUUACAACUUUACUUCAAAAUAUACCGUACUUUACAGCUGCUCUCCCCAAACUGCGUCCAACUGCUCGUCGAAGAACCCGAAGUCAACUUGAUUUUGAUAUCAAAAGAAGAGCGGAGAUGUUGGAAGCCCGAGAAAAGGCCGGCCUUGUCUAA